AUGGUCCACUAUGUCGACGUUGGGAAAUAUGCGGGGUUAACGCCACAUGAUCUUGCCCCCUCAAUGGCAUCCGCACUUUUCAUGGAUCACUAUGUUCCUGGAACCGUUGCAAUAGGAUCUGCUUGGUCUGUCUACUGGGAGUGGCACAACAUGUGCUCUCUUGUGGCCACGCUCUAUGUGAUCGCUGUGUGCAGGUUUUCGGCACGCCCACAGCUGGAUAUUAUGGGCCCAACAAUGAGCCCAUCAAUAUUGGCUAUAGACGGUGGAGGGGUCCGUGGGGUUAUCCCCUUGGAGUUCCUUUUGCUUGUACAGGAGCACUUGAACCCAUGCACGAUCCAGGAUGUGAUCGAUCUUGGGAUAGGUACUAGUUCAGGUGGUCUGAUAAUCCAAGGCCUCUUUAUCAUGUCCUGGACUGUGCCGGAAUGCUCUCGUACUUUUGAAAGCCUAGCCCAUCGUAUCUUUAGCCAGCGGCGGAAUUCUGCCGCUCUGAACUUGAUUCGCCCAUUCAUAACGGGCCGGUCAUUGGUCAGCGAAUCAGCUCGAUGGCUGAGUUGGCUACUCCGUGAUAGCUGCUACGAUGCUCGUGUAUUCGAUGAUGUCCUAAAGGAGACUUUUGGAGAGUAUAGACGGAUGUUUGGCCCUAGUCGAGAUGAUCCAAGGGAGCAGUCAUACUCCAGCACCAAGGCCGGCGUGGUUGCGACAGGAAUCUCCCGAGACACGAGCACAUUUGUCUUCGCUAACUUUAAUCCGACGAGUAGGAACGAAGCCGUCAAGGUCAUCGAAUCAUCCGGCCUAGUGACACCGCACGGGACCCCACGGUUUGGAAAGCGGCCAGGGCCACGGCCGCGGCCCCCCUUCUUUUUUACCCCCGCAGAUCUGCAAGGAAUUGGCUCUUUUCAGGACGGUGGGCUGAAACAUAACUUCGCUGGCGCUAUUGCCCUGGAAGUUUCCCACCAGAUCUGGCCAAACGCUGGCGGGUCAGUUCGGAUGUUAUCCCUAGGCACCGGGAUAACGGAGCUAUCCGUGAACCAGACGCCCCAUUUUCGAAACGUUUUUCGGGACAGCUUUUUACGCCGAGGGUUCGACGCGUGGAUGUCAACUAUGGACACUGAGCAGGACUGGAGGAAGUACAAGAGCCGCCUCUCGAGGCAGGGGGCCUUUGACACCAUCAGACUGAACGUCCCCCUAGGUGAUACACCAAAUGGGAUUGACGCGGUUGCUAGAAUAGAAGAAUACCGCGGCCUGGUUAUUGCCCAACCCGGCAGCGCUAGGAUGGCCCGGGAGGCCGCUACCAUGCUACUCGUAUCUCGAUUUUACUUCAUUAUUUGUGGCCUACCGGAAGACACCACGGCCCCUUUUUGGUGUUGCGGUAUGAUUCGUUGCAAGGGACCCGCACAGUCCAUCAUUGAAGCCCUGGAGCAUCUUUACCCUGACGGCACGAGGUGGAUGUCUGAUUAUGGACUGCUGGAGAACUUCCAGGGACAAUCCGGGAUUUGCCCAUCAUGCGGGGGCUACAGCCAAGAAAUCAGAAUCCUUGCUCGACAUGAGGACCAUGAGAUCAACAUUUUCCUUGAAACCGGGUCCAAGAAGCGAUGGCGAGCCAGCGGAUUCCCUGCCACUGUGGCUUCAUUUGUGGACAAGCAGGGCUUCCAUUCACGUUUCGGCCGGGACGAUCACGGAAAACCAGGCUGGGCUUCCUGUAAAAUGUGUGACGUCUCCCGAAUGCAAACAAAGAGAAAGUGCGCAAUUGUGGCUCCCAACGCCGAGACCCCGAAGAGAGCCCGGCGGCCUGAGCGCAAAUAG